GAAUUUUGAUGAUUUCAUAUCGGCAAAGGAAAGAUUAUUAUUUCAAGAAUUAUGUAAAUUGUUCAUGAAGAGGAGUCGAUCCAUGAAACGCAUCAUCAUACCUGAUACCAUCAGAUUGGAUGGUAUCAUCGGGGAGAUACCAUACAUCACUCGUUAUGAUGGGGCGAGUAGAUGUCUGAAAGGAUUAAAAGAACUUUAUUGUUAUUGGAAUUUUAGUGAGACUUUUUAUAAAUCCAUCCUCCAAAUUUGUAAAAACAUACAAGUGAUUAAAAUUUAUAUCGAUGCUUAUUAUGAUGUGGAUUCUUUGGCUAGCUUAAUCUCUUUACAGAAUAAUUUAAAACAAUUGAAAAUAGAAGUGCAAGAAAUCAUCGUGGGAAGUAUUAUAUCAAAUGAUUAUUGCACCCCCUUAUUUAAUUCGAUUUUAAAACAAAGUCAUUCUAUACAAAAGUUGGAAUUGGUUAAUUUCUCCUUUCGAUACGCUGAUGGUAAAACUUUAGAAAGGUUAAUCGAUUGUAAAUAUUUAAGAUUCUUAUCAAUUUAUCAAUGUAAAUUCUUGGAAAAUCAACAAUUUCGUUCAAUAGAUAAUUUUCAAAAGUUGGAAGAAUUUUAUUAUUGUCAUAGGGAUGAUGACAUCUUUCCUGAAGAGUUACUCGUAGGGAUAUUUCAAACCGCGAAUACAAGAUUAAGAAAAAUUAAAUUAUCCUAUCACACGGUAAAAGUUAUCUGCGCAAUCACUUUCAAUUGUUUGAACGUAGAAAUCUUAAAUUUAUCGACUCUUCCUCUAAGUCAUAAAAUCAUCUUGAAAAUUUUCAACUCUUGCACGAGGUUAAAACAUUUCACUUUUGAAGGUGAGAGGGGUAAUAAUGAGAAUAAUAUGUUAAUUCAAAUGAGCAAAUACGUUCCCAUCACUCUGGAGACUUUGGAAAUUAAAAUGUAUUUACAAAAUCCUUGGGUGUUCUCUGCUACUUCGUUGAAGGUCUUCUUGGAGGCUUCAAAAAGUUUAAGGUUAUUAAAAAUCAUUCAUAAAGAACCUCAACAAACGUUGGAUCAACAAUUCUCUAAUCCUUUGACCCCGAGAAAUUCUUCCAUGAAAACUCUAUCCAAGGAUCAUUUUGCUGUCAUUGAAGAACUUGGUAUAGGACUUUACAUGUCAAGUGGGAUAAAGUUUAGCAAAAAAUUAUAUCCAAAUUACGUCCACACCAUAGUGAUCCCUUCCAAAAAAUAA